GAAGUACUACUAUAUUUAUAUAACUUCUGUAAUCAGUAAAUACAAGUAUACAAUGUAUUUAUUGUAUAAUUACGACAGAUGCGCCACACACUAGUCAGUCUCGGAACACUACCACAGACGCCGGUUGUUCCGUUCAUAAACAUUUUGCUCUCCGAUUUUAUAAGCCAUGUUGCUCCUACUCACGUGGGUGGUAGUGAUCAUCACCGCCGUAGUGCUAUACCUGCGCCAAACCUACAGCUACCUGCGCCGCGAUGGCAUCAACCAUCUGCCGACUAUCCCAUUCUUCGGCAACCUCUUCUGGGUUAUGUUCCAGAAGGAGCACUUCGUUGAUCUCAUAGCGAAGGUUACCAAUGCCUUCCCUGAUGACAAGAUAGUUGGUAACUACGACAUGAUGACUCCGAUACUGAUCAUCCGAGACCUGGAGAUGUUGAAGCGUGUAACUGUGAAGGAUUUCGAGCACUUCAUAGACCGGCGCAGCUUCACCUCCGAGUUGGAUCCUAUGUUCGGGAGAGGUCUACUGCUGCUGCAUGGAGAUGAAUGGAAGGCGAUGCGGUCUACAAUGAGCCCAGCCUUCACCAGCUCCAAGAUACGGCUGAUGGUGCCGUUCAUGGAGGAGGUUUGCUUGGACAUGAUCAAAGUACUCAAACAGAGGAUCAAGGAUUCUGGAACUUCUUACUACGACAUGGAGUGUAAAGAAGUGAUGACGAGGUACGCGAAUGACGUCAUCGCCUCGUGUGCCUUCGGCCUGAAGGUGGACUCCCUGACGGCAGACAGUGAGUUCUACGUGAACAGCAAGGCCAUCACCAAGUUUACUUUCUGGAGGUUCAUGAAGGUCAUGUUCUACAGGCUGUUCCCUUCCGUGGCCGGGAUGAUGCAACUCUCACUAGUGCCAAAGGAGACAACAGACUACUUCACGAAUGUGGUCCUCGGUACAAUGAAGAACAGGGAGCAGAACAAAAUCGUCAGGAACGAUAUGAUCAACAUCCUCAUGGAAGUUAAGAAAGGACAACUCACUCAUGAGAAGGAAGGUAAAGACGCUGACGCUGGCUUUGCAACAGUUGAAGAGUCACAUAUCGGGAAGAAACCACAUAAUUAUGAGUGGACCGACACAGACCUGGUAGCGCAGGCAGCGUUGUUCCUGUUCGCUGGCUUCGACACAAUAUCCACGGCGAUGUCGUUCAUCCUGUACGAGCUGGCGCUGAACCAGGACGUGCAGGAGCGGCUGGUGCGGGAGAUCAGGGAGUACGACGCCAAGAACAACGGGAAGCUUGACUACAACAGUAUACAGAACAUGACUUAUUUGGAUAUGGUGGUGUCAGAGGGUAUGAGACUGUGGCCAGCAGCUCCGUUCAUGGACAGAGUGUGUGUGAAUGACUACAACAUUGGAAGACCCAACAAAGAAGCUACCAAGGAUUUGAUCAUUCGUAAGGGCCAGUGUAUUGUGAUCCCGGCGUAUGCCCUCCACCGAGACCCUGAGUACUUCCCCAACCCUACGAAAUUCGACCCGGAACGGUUCUCCCAUGAAAACCGGGACAAAAUCGUCCCGUUCACUUAUUUACCGUUUGGGCUGGGACCUAGGAAUUGUAUCGGAUCCCGCUUCGCCCUGUGUGAGGUGAAAGUAAUGCUGUACUUGUUGCUCCGUGACCUGAAGCUGACCACCUGUGACAAAACCCCGGUCCCUGCGCGGCUGAGCAAGAAUGGCUUCGAAAUGUUAAUCUACGGCGGUGCCUGGGUUCGAUUGUCUGUUCGCACUGAAUAACGCAUUAUGGAAAAUAUUUGUUAAUUAUUUCGUAAGGAAUGUAAAUAUCUAUUGUUGUAUGUAAGUUUUAUAUUAUUUUAAUAAAUAUACUUUUGUAUA